AUGUUAUAUAUAUCUUUUAAGAGAAUGUCUAAUAUAAGUUACAGUGGCCGAGUGGUUAAGGCGACGCCCUGCUAUCAGCAGUUUAGGCGUUGGGUUUUACCUGCGCAGGUUCGAAUCCUGUCUGUGACGCCAUAUUUUUUUCAUACGUGUUUUUUAAGACGUAUUCUCCUAGAUAUAACCCAAAAGUUUCGUUCAUAUUUUAUUAGACGUCUUCGGCAGUGA